AUGGCAGGUGGUGGGUCAAGUAAAGAGUUACGGGUGCCUAAAGUGAACGGUACUACGACUUUAGAUGGUUUGAGAGAUGUGAAUAGACCGAUGAACUUUAAACUUCCUCAUUUCAAUGAUAACGAAGAGGCCGAGACGAGUGAAGAUGACGAAAUUGCAUUUUGUCCUAGUACAGGUCAUAUAACAACGGAGCAGUUACUUGAUAGAAAGACGACUCUUCCCCACAAUAGUUACAGUGCGUCUUCCAUCGGGAUCAUGUUUUCCCAUCCAUCGCUUUUAUUGAAUAGGAAUCCAAAACGAGUGAGCAAAUUUUAUCGAAAACAGUCGGAUCUUGUGGAGAAUUUCAAGAAAGAUAGCACUGCCAUCGAAGAGCACCGGCGACAGAGACAAAAAGGACAUAGUUCGGAACAGAGUAUUGAAAAUUACAUGGAAUCCAAAAUGAUGUUGCUUGAGGGAAAUUCCAAUUCAGAAAAAGCAUUUUUGAAAAGCGCUUCAACAAAGGGUAAACAUAAGACACCUGCAGUGAGAGUAAAAAAGAAAAGAAUAAAACCCUCAAGGAAUAAAUCGGCGGACAAGGCGGCGCGAUGGUUGGCCAUGACUACUCUUAUUGUUAAUGUUUCUUUAGCCGUAGCUAAGACUGCAGCAGCAUAUCUCUCCGGUUCAUUAUCAAUAAUUUCUUCGUUAGUUGAUUCAGCUGUCGAUAUUACUUCGGGUUUAGUGAUUUGGUUAACGGCUCGUGCUAUUAGGAAACGAGAUCCAUAUAUGUAUCCCAGGGGAAGGACACGUUUGGAACCUAUUGCUUUGAUAAUUGUAAGUGUUAUAAUGGGAGUGGCGUCAGUACAAAUGGUCGUGCAAUCAUUGGAAUCAGUUGUCAAUGAUACGGUUGAUCCAAGAGUGGAUGUUGUUUCGUUGUUCAUUAUGGUUGCUAUUAUAUUCAUCAAAUUUGCUCUCAUGCUUUUGUGUAAAAAAUUUGAUUAUAACUCUUCAGUAGCAGUGCUGGCGCAAGAUCAUUGGAAUGAUUGUAUAUCCAAUACAGUCGCUAUACUAUGUGCUUGGGUCGCAUCUAAUUACUGGAUGUAUUUUGAUCCGAUUGGUGCUAUUGUUGUAUCCAUAUAUAUUGCCAUUACAUGGUUUUUCACUGGAAAAGAGCACUUAGCGAUGCUUUCUGGCAAGUCGGCCAAACCAGAGUUCAUUAAUCGUAUAGUGAAGGUGUGUGUCGAGCACGACAAGCGAAUAGAUUAUAUCGAUACUGUUUACGUAUACCAUUUCGGCACACGUUUUCUAGUGGAAGUUCACAUUGUGAUGAAUCCAGACAUGACACUUCGAGAGUCACAUGACAUUAGUGAAGCACUACAGACAAGUAUCGAAAGUUUGGCGGAAGUAGAGAGAGCUUUCGUCCACUGUGACUACGAGUAUGACCAUCUACCUGCUGAUGAACAUAAAGUUGUGUAA